AUGAAUCCAUCUCCUCCUCCGACAAUCAGCAAUGCUAUUCAAAACAAAGGAUCUUCGACUGGAGCACAAAAUCUCGAAGCAGAUAAUGUCCAGAACGAACAAGAAACCUCUUCUCCUGGCGAAGAUGGUAAAAAAGAUUCGAAGCAAGCUGAAGAGAAGGAUUCAGAAGAAAAAGAAGAUUCUGAGGAUACUCCCAGUAACUCUCCUCCAAGAGUUACUUUCCCCUCAUAUUAUGCUGACGAAGAUGAUGAGGAUUCUGAUGAUAUUGAGAGGUACUUUCAACAAGAUGAAGACAUGAGUGAGGGAGAAGCCGAUCCUGAAGGAAAUCAGACUGGAACUGAUGAUGCUACUGUCGAAACAGUCCCAUAUCCAACUAAUGUUCGAUCAUCCACAAUCCAAACUUCGCCUAUAUCACUUACUGAGGAGGAGAAAAAUGCUUUGAAACAAAAUGACCCCCUCAAGUAUGUAAGGUUGAUGAUGGCUCAAAGUGAAUCUUCUUCAGAAAAAAACAUUUUUGGAGCUUCGACCCAUUCUGGUACUAGUGCAAACGAAGUAUCAUAUGACGAACUCCUUAAGCAGGUGAAGAAGGCUGUUUUUGAUGUAGAUCUCUUUGAAAAAUUGAAGAAGGAUGUGGGAGCAACCUUUAGCAUAAAAAAGCUGAUAAGCAAGAUCAACAUCACUGCUUGCCCCACUGAUAUAGGUGAAGCCCUUAUCGACAUCCAGAACCUCAUUGACCAAGUUUGUGCUGAAUACCAUAGGGAGGUGGAUGCCAAAGAAAAGCUUCAAUCAACUGAACAAGCUCAAGCUAUUGAGUUUGAUAACGCCCUUCGAACUGCAAAAGCCUCUGAGGAGUUAGCUGCUUCCAGAAAAUCAGCCCAAAAGAAGAUUUCUGAUGCUAAGGCGAAGCAGGCUGCUAUCCAAGGCUUGGAUAGUACUGAAGCUGAUAAUCUGGCGAAGCAGAGCGUAGAUCAUGUCGAAAAGGCUACUGCUAGGAGUGAAGAUAUUGCACGCCUCAAAGGGGUUCAAGCUGCUGUUCAGUACAAGAUAAGCUUGGCGAAGAUAAAGUAUGACCGGAUGAAGGCCACUAUCCCUUUCUGA